AUGGAGGCCUGGGUGGAGACGCGGCACCCGCUGGGUUCUACCCCUGCUUCCAGCCACACGCCCGCGUAUCUCACCGGGUCCCGGCCUGGGCCGCAGGGCGGGGGUCGGUCUCCGGGGGGCGCCUCGAGUGGGAGGUGGGCGCGGGUGCAAGCUGCAGCCGCUCGCCUGUGGUCCCCGAGCCGAGGCCGCCGCCGCCUGAUCGCAGCACCGCCCCCGCCGGCCCCCGCCUCGCGCCCGCCCAUUGGCUCCGCCGCACCCGCGCCGCCGCCGACCCCUCUGCGCUUUGUCUUCCCCGCGCUCGCGGUCCCGCCUUUGUCUGCCCCCCGCCCCAACACAGUGCUCCGGGCCGGGCACCUCCCUCGGGCCCCGCGCUCGCUGGCCUCCAGGAACGGGGCGCGCGACCGAGGCAGGGACGGGAGCCUCCGGGCGGGGACAAGUUCGGGGGAAGACGCCUGGGGUCGCGAGACCGAAAGCGCUCUCGGCGAUUCUCCUGCGGCGGUAGAGGAGUACCCAGCUGCCCCUGGGCCUUUUGCUGCCUCAGUUUCCCCUAGUUGGCCUUGUAGGGCACAGGCCCGGCUGCCCCCUUUCUUCCCGGAGAUCCGUGGGCCCUGCAGUCUCAUAGACCCCGCGAGGGCUGCCCGGGAGGCCGGUCCGGUGCCCGUGGCUCCCACGCCCCCUCGGGCCGCGGAGUCCUCCCGCCGCCAGGGGCAGCCCCGCGCGCCUGCACUGCGGCCGAGGAAGGCGACCGCCGGGCUGGGAGGUACAGCCUGCGCCUCAGGGAAGGCCCGGGGACCUCGGUGUUCAGUCACGAGGGUCUGGUGGGACCGCCACCCCUUAGCGCCAUCUCCUCAACCACCAAGACCGGGGGCCCGGGAAGUGGCUGCCUCUGAUGUCCCAGAGUACUUGCUCUCCGAAAGCGUUUCCGUGGCCAGAUUUUGUGGGGUUAGCCACCCCGGCCCUUGCGGGCACGUGGUCUGCCAAGCGUCAGGACAGCCCUUUCAGGGAGUGAGGUUUCCACCCGAGACGAGCAAACCUCGGUGCACCCAGACCUCACCGAAGGUCUCCCCACCCCACCUCGUGGUCGGUGUCAUUCCUUCACAUCAACCCCUGUAACUGCCCAAGGUUUUGUUCAUUUAUUUUUAUCCUCAACACCUGAGGACAUUUUUCAUUGCUUUCAAAAAGGGGAGAGACAGAAAAACAUCAAUGUGAGUAACACUGAUUGGCUGCCUUUUUGUGUGCCCUGCCUGACUGGGGAUUGAAUCCAUAACCUGGGUAUGUGCCCUGACUGGGGAUCGAACCCACAACCCUUUGAUCUUCGGGUCGACAUUCCAAGCAACUGAGCCACACUGGCCGAGGCCAUUUUGUUAUUUUUUGAAUUGGUGUUACAAUUUCUGAGGAAAGGGAAAGUGAGAGCAUUUGAUGGUACAAAGCAGCUUCAGGGAAGGUGGGGCACUUCCUUAAUCUGACAUUUGAAGUGCCUCACCCAGAGCAGGGCACCUCACCCCUGAGGGACUGGGAGGGAAGGUGCCAAGCUGGGGCACAUGCAGGCUGGGGAGCACCUCGGAGGAGACCCAGGUUAGAGUCACCCCCUGGCACGUCCUCUCUGGCUGCCAACCAGGAUGACCGGGCAGGGCACCAGUCUGGUUCUUAGGUUACCUGCUCUUUUGGUAUUAGUUCCAGUGGUAAGGAGACACCACAAGUCAUGUUACAAAAUAAACCCCUCCACCUCCUUCCCUGCCAAAGGUGAGCAUCUUCUGCCCGGACUCCUAGUGGCCCACAGGUGGCCCUGCAGAGGGGCUGGUCUCUGGCACCUAUCAGGGGUGUCCAACCUUUCGGUGUCUUUGGGCCACACUGGAAGAGUUGUCUUGGGCCACGCAUUAAAUACACUGCAAUGUGUAAUCACACCCACAAAAACUUCAGUGUUUUAAGUAAAUUUAUGACUUUAUGUUGGGUGGUCCUGACCUGCAUGUGACCCACAGCCUGCACGUGGUAGGCCUUUCCAACCCAAGUAUUUUGAUGGCCACAUGCUGUUAAUAGUCUCUAAAUUGUAGAUAGUUAAGAGCACGCCUAUUACAGGUUUUAUUUUUUAAUCCUCACCUGACCACAUGCUUACUGAUUUUAGAGAGAGGGGAGGGAGGGAAGAAGAGAAACAUAGAUGGUCACCUCUUGUAUGCACCCCCAAAUGGGGAUCCAACCUGCAACCUACCUAGGUAUGUUCCCUAACUGGGAAUCGAACCCACAAUCCUUUUUCAGUUACGGGCAAUGCUCCCGCCAACCGAGCCUAUUACGAGUUUUGAAAGAACUGGUAUGCCCUUGCCAGUGUGGUUCAGUUGGUUGGAGUCCCUUCAGGUUCGAUUCCCCAUCUAGGUUGAGGGUUUGAUCCCCAGUUGGGGUGCGUUUGGGAGACAACCCAUUGAUGUUUCUCUCCUUCCUCUCUCUAAAAGCAAUGAAAAAGUCCUCGGGUGAGUGUGCAUACGUAUACACCUACGUGAACAAAAGAACCGGUGUGCUGUGAGGCCGUCUGUCCAAUGACCGAGGUCACUGCUGCGCUCCCGUGGGCACUCCUGGGCUGCUCUCGGACGGCGGAACCCGGGGUGGAAUGAGAUGCGUUUGAGCCUGUGUGGCCAACACACAACGAUGCCGCUCUCCAGUUGGGGCUCUGAACAUUUUAAUUUGUUCUGGCAAUAGAACUAACACGGCAUAAGGACUUAAGCCCCCUGGCUAGGCAAGACAUUAUGGCCCUUAGAGAAAGCACCGAGGCAGCAGUAGGAGGCAGUUAAGAUGGACUCUCCAUGGGAAAGAAAUGCACUA